AACAUAUUUCCAGAGAUGGGUAACAUUCAAGCACAUGACAAGCAAUCAAAGUCAGGCAAGUCACCUGGCAAAGGUAAACAAUUCAUACGGAACUUGAAUAGAAAAUCCCCGGGGAGAGACAGCAAGAAGCAUGGAAGGAAAAAGAGCGAUACGAAACGCGAUGUUAUCGAUAGAGAGUAUGAUAAAACACCCGAUUCCGAUAACAAUGAAACGAUCGAAGCAUCGGAUAACGAUACGGUCGAGUGCGUGUUCAAAACAUUGGUUAAGGAAGGGGAGAGCGCGGAGAGUGGUAGCGUGCAGUCUGAGGUAACGGUGACCAGGUGCGGCGCGCGGUCAGCGACCCGCGACGAGCGCGCCGCCACCUCGCCCGCCGACCACUCCGCCUCCGACUCAGUGUUCACGGAGCCGCUUACGCCGCUCGCCGUCGAGCUCAACCAGUGCUACUACUCCGCGGAGAGUGACAGUGCGCACGACGAGCCGCCUCGCACGCUCACGCCGCACGCGUCGCCGCCGCCCGCGCAGCUCGUGCGCUCUCCCGAAGAGAUGCCGCACGACAACGCAGCCUCCUCGCUAUCCACUGACGAUAUGGAAAAAGAAGAAAAAAGUGACGUUUUCGAUGACAGCAGUGACAGGGGCGAGGAUGAAAAGGUUAUGGGCGCUUUAUUAUCCGGGCUGCGAGCUGGCGAGCACCUAGAGCGCAGCACGCACGAGUGCAACCAUGACUUCCACGAAAACCGGCUGAAAGCGUCUCCGGGGCAGACCUCGUUUACGAUAACCAGGCAUCGCAAGGUGGAAUUGCCUCCUGUCAGUUGUGAUUCUUCGCUCACCAUACUCGAUAACGUUGUAGAGGAAAAGGAAAAGGAGAGAAGACCAGCGAGCAUGAGUGACGUGCCGAUGUCGGACUCGAAUGUACUCCGGAAGGUGGCCUCUCUGACCCUCGACAAGCACGUCGAGGCGAGAGUGCACCGUCCCAAGUUCGUGCCGGAAAAACUUGACUUCCAGCUCUAUGAGAAAUUUGAAGGGCAGAUGCUUUUGAACUUUUUCCUGUCAUCAGUAAAUGAGAACAGUCAUUUGAAACACCUGUUGAGUAGCCAGGACCAGAAGAACCUUGUGAUUCAGUAUUGUACCCACCUGCUGGCUGCUGGAGUGUUGCGCCAGAUAGCUGAUAAAGAUGCGCCCACAGAAAAUAUUUUCAAGCCAAAUUUAAUGUACUAUUGGUCUUACAUGGAGCCACCAGCAUCACAGCCGGUAACUCCCGGCAGACUCCACAUGUCCGCCUGGCCUCCUGACAAGGAUACAUGCACAACAAUGCCAGGUGUCUUCUCCAACCGCACCUUAGAUAACCGCUACCUCAAUCAAAACAACAAUGAAGAAGUAAAUGACCUAAGUGAAGCAAAAACAGUUAUUGCACAGUUAAAGCGCAAACUAGAAGAUUUAGAAUAUCAGUUAGAAAAACAAAAACUAACAGCUCAAAUUGAGUCUCUCAACAAAAACUUAGAGAAAGAUUUAGAAACAAAUACUACGCAGAAAAAGAAAGAUGUUGACUUAAUCAGCAGAGAGGUACAAACAUGUGAUUUUUCCAAUGAACUAAAUAAGGUAACUAAUAAUAACCCUGUGAUAAAUAUACUUGAAAAAGAUCCUAUUAGAACAAAUGUAAAUAGCUUAGGUGUAAGUAAUGCUUGUAAAAAUGAAUAUGAGCCUGAAGUAAGAUCUGAAAAAAUAGAGAACUAUUGUAAGUUAAAUAAAAGUAGGGAUUAUAAACCAUUUCGAAAAGAUGAUACUGUAGACAAUGAAGUUUGUAAUGACGACACAAAAAGUGUGGUUCCGUUGGAACCUGAGAAGCACUAUGAAAUAGGAUCUGAACGCAACAGUUUCACAACUACUUGUGAAAGUUUUUCUGAUGGUUCAUUCUGCAGCACAUAUACCUCAACUGAAGCAAUAAAUAGCAAAUUGAUAAGUACCUCAGAUUUAGAUACAAGACAAGAAACAUCUUCACUAAAGAGUGUAAAUGUAACACCUUGCACACAGGUUUUAUAUUCAAUUGUCGUUAAAAAGCAUUCUGCUGAAGGUAUUCUACCUACAGACUCUAUAAAGCUGAAAGAAGACUUGUCUUCGAAGCAUACAGAAACAGAACUCGAAAGUGAAAAGUCACAUUCUCAUAUAGAAAGCGAGCUGACGCUCCUGCCCUCGUUAGAAUCAUUAGCGACGUCAAGAUUAGAAGGGCAAACAUCCCCAACACAGGCUAGCGGCCCUGGUGCAUCCGCGUCUGCAUCUCCGCCUCCGAUGCCAGGCGCGGUGCCACCGCCGCCGCCUAUGCCCGGGACGAAUCAUACGCCUCCGCCAUCGGUGCAACUAACGGACUCAGUACCAGCCCCACCUCCGCCACCGAUGCCUCCUUGUGCCUUUGUUGGCGCCCCGCCACCACCUCCCCCGCCGAUGCCAGGAAUGUGUCCGCUACCCCCACCGAUGCCAGGAAUGGCACCUCCGCCACCACCUAUGCCUUGUAUGGGUCCACCGCCCCCAUUAAUGCCAGGAAUGGCACCUCCGCCACCACCGAUGCCUUGUAUGGGUCCACCGCCCCCAUCAAUGCCAGGAAUGGCACCUCCGCCACCACCGAUGCCUUGUAUGGGUCCACCGCCCCCACCAAUGCCAGGAAUGGCACCUCCACCACCACCGAUGCCUUGCAUGGGUCCACCGCCCCCACCAAUGCCAGGAAUGGCACCUCCUCCUCCGCCGAUGCCAGGCGCAGGACCACCUCCUCCACCAUUGCCCGGUAUGGGUCCCCCUCCUCCGCCGAUGCCGGGUGCUGGUCCUCCGCCGCCCCCGAUCCCCGGGAUGGCCCCACCUCCUCCACCGAUGGCGGGCGCAGGGCCGCCGCUUCCACCGGGCAUGCCCGACUGUGUACCUCCCCCUCCUGGACCCAUCCCAUUUCCAGCGCCUCCAGUAGGCGGAUGGACCGCUCAACGUGCAACCUUACGAAAAACUCCGAUAAAGCCGGUUGCUCCGAUGAAACCUUUAUAUUGGACGCGAAUAUUGGCAGCUCCACCUCCACAAGCGGUCGACCACGGUGAGCUAGUGCCGACGAAGCCGCUGUGGCUGGAAAUAGAAGAAACCAAAUUAGACAACAUUGACGAAUUCACGGACCUGUUUUCUAGACAAGUCGUUAAAGCGCCAGUGAAGAAAAAGGUCGAAGUCAAAACGAAAAUUCAGCCCGUAAAGGUAUUAGACAGCAAAAGAUCGCAGAACGUUGGUAUACUCGCUCAGAGUUUACAUGUUGAAUUCUCAGAGAUUGAAAACGCAAUAUACAAUUUUGAUACCUCAGUUGUCAGCUUAGAAGCAUUACAACAGAUUUAUGAAUUGAGAGCAUCAGAAGAGGAAUUAUCAUUGAUAAAAGAGCAUUUGAAGACAAAACCUGAAAUUCCAUUGGACAAGCCAGAAGCAUUCUUGCAUGAUUUGUCUGGAAUACCAAAUUUUGCGGAAAGGAUUUCUUGCUUCAUGUUCCAAGCGGAGUUUGAAGACGCAGUGAGCACAACAAUGCACAAAUUGGAUAACCUGAAACAUACUUGUGAGUUUCUCAUGACAAAUGAAUCUCUCAAGAAGUUGUUUGCUAUAAUCUUGACUCUUGGCAACUACAUGAAUGGUGGCAAUGGUCAAAGAGGACAAGCUGAUGGAUUUGGACUAGAAAUCUUGUCCAAGCUGAAAGACGUAAAGUCGAAGCAGUCUAACGUGACGCUGCUGCACUUCAUAGUGCGCACGUACAUGCGGGCGUGCGGCGGCGCACUGGCCGCGGGCUGCGUGCUGCCCACGCCGGAGCCGGGCGACGUGGCGCGCGCCGCCGCACUCGACUUCGCCGACGUCGCCGCGCAUCUCUCUGCCUUGAGGAAGGAACUCACAGCAUGUCAAGAAAAAACAAAGAAGGUGAUAGAUACCGAUCAACAAUCUGCAGAGGAAUCGUCAUCCCAUGACAGCGGCAAAAGACAUGACACGUUCAAGGACAAAAUGACAACAUUCCUAAACGCUGCCGAAGAAAAACUUAAGACUGAAAACGAAAACUUGGAAGAAUGUCGAACUAAGUUUCUGGCAACUGUGAAGUUUUAUCAAUACACCCCAAAAUGUGGCAAAGUCGACGACUGUGAGCCUAAAGAAUUCUUUUCCCUUUGGACGUCAUUUUGUUCGGAUUUUAAAGACAUUUAUAAGAAAGAGGAGCAGCUAGCCGUGAAAGAAAAAUUAAAAGAAGCGAAAAAACUUCAAGAUGAGAGAAAGUCGGUAGUGACACAGCCUAAGAAGGAGGGCGGUCUAAAGGCACGCCUACAAAAAUUGUCCGCCAGAAAGAGUUAGUGGCUUUGUUACUUCCUUAUUAAGCACAAACUAUUAUUACAACUAUAUUUAACAUUCCAGUUGCGGUUUGCUAUAGAAGAAAGCAUUCCAGUUGAAUAAGUACCUGAUUAUUAUGUUAAGAUUUUGGUACAAUAACAAGCAUUUUUUGUUUACUCAUUAAUCAAAUAUAAUGAGAGACUUUUCAGACUACUUCUCCAAAAAAAUAUAAAUGGUGCUGUUCAGAUUAAAUGUGAUAAUUACCUAUUUUCUCAUUGCUUGGGGUACAUAAUUAUUCAAUAAUAUAAUCAAAUGACAGAGGCAGAUAUAAAAAUAAUUGUUGUAAAUAAAGUAGAUAUUUGGAUCAGAUACAUAAUUAUAGAAUUAUGUUGCUACCUAUAUUGCUACUCUUUAUUUUGAACAGAAUAAUAAUGGGUGGAAGAUGUGUUGUGCCUGAGUGUAAUAACAAGGGUCGUCAUUUAUACCCAAAAACAUAGUUAAAAGAUGCAUAUGUCUGUUAGUAAUGAAAUUAGAAGGUUAAAGAGAGGAAAAUCUAUACAACACCAUCUAUAUAUUUUUUGGGGAAUGUAGAUCCCCUGGAAAGCCCCUUAUUGUAGACUAUGAUUGCAGCUCAAAGAUUGGCUCACCAAUAUAACUCGCCUACUGAUAUAUUGUAAUUGUAAUCCAUUAAGAUAGAUAUGUGUAACAAGCUUGUAUUUAUUACUGGAAAUUGUAAAUUUAUUUAUUUGAAAAUCUGUCUUGCUAAAGACGGACAAGGGAACAAAUAGUCAUUUUGUAUAUUACUCCAUAUUGUAAAUCAUUUACCUAUAUUUUGCUCUUCAUAAGUUUCACUAUGUUACAGCACAUAAUUUGUACAUUCAAUCUUUGUUCUCAUUAUUAUUAUUUGUAUCCGUACCUGAGGUAUGCUUUCAUUGUUAAUUUAACAAUUUGAAUUGUCUUCAGAUAUUAUUAUCUAUGAAA